AUGCCGUCCAAAAUUCUCAUUCUUGACGGUGGUCUCGGUACCUCUCUCGAGUCCAAGUACUCUAUCACUUUCUCCCGUUCAACGCCGCUCUGGUCCUCUCAUUUGCUUGUUUCUGACCAAUCCACUCUCCAAUCAUGUCAGAGCGAUUUCGGAGCUGUCCCAGUUGACGUGCUCCUCACAGCGACAUAUCAAGUUUCGCUUCAUGGUUUCGCCGACACCCGCACUGAGGAUUUCCCUGAGGGAAUUCCUCGCGAAACUGUUCCUCGGUUCUUGGAUGAUGCUGUUAGUAUUGCUCAGCGUGCUGCGGGGGACAAGGGCUGUGUUGCGUUGAGCAUUGGACCUUAUGGAGCUUGCAUGAUUCCAGGUCAGGAGUAUAGCGGGAAAUACGAUGCUGAGCACAACUCCCUGGCUGAUUUGGAGGCAUGGCACCGUGAGCGAUUGGGCGUCUUCGUUGAGGUUUCUGAUAUACAGAAGCGAGUGGGUUAUGUUGCCCUUGAGACUAUUCCCCGCGUUGACGAGAUUAUUGCCAUGCGCAAAGCUCUCGCUGCGACACCAACACUAUCUGACCUUCCUUACUGGACUGCGUGUCUGUCACCUGAGAAAGACGUCAAAAUGCCCGAUGGCAACACCAUUGAGGCCGCUGUGGAGGCCAUGCUGGAUCCCGAGGUCUCAUCCAAGUUGCCGUGGGGUAUCGGUAUCAACUGCACCAAGGUCGAUAAGCUUGACCAGCUCCUUCAAAUCUUUGAGCGCACGGUCUCAGGCUUGAUCGAGAGCGGCAAGAUUACUGAAUGGCCUGCUCUAGUGCUGUACCCUGACGGGACAAAUGGAGAGGUUUACAACACAACCACACAAAAGUGGGAGGUGCCAGACGGCAUUGAUACCCACAGGCGCUCCUCUUGGGAAAGCCAACUCGAGACUGUUGUGAAGUCUACGGAGGAUAGAGGAAAGUGGCCUACCAUCUUAGUCGGUGGAUGCUGUAGGGCCGGGAGCGAAGAUAUCAAGAAACUUCGCGGUUGUCUUGUGAAAUAG